AUAAGUCAUUAGUGUUAUUAUAAAUCUGGUGGUCAGUCGAACUAACUAGUUACAUACUUUGUGUUGCGUUUUGUGCGUAGGUACGCGAUGAAAUUUGAAAUGCUGAUCAAGUUUUUACUCGCUUGUGGAGUGAUUGAAGUGAUACUGGCAGUCCAGGAUACUGGAUAUCCUGCAGGAUUUAUGGCUGACUGUCCUGGGAUGAACCGCAGCACAACGUUCUCGGAAAGAACAAAAAAAUCUCUUUCCGUGGUAGUGAUGUGGCCGUCGAAGUCGCUGUUUAGCAGCAGUGAGAGGAGGUGCAAACUCAGCGUCGAGGGCGCUGCCUGUGCUGCUGAAUACUUGGAUUUCAAGAGACGGAAAACUCAGGUGAUGAUUAGCGGAUACAUGGAUGCGUCGUUCUCGCCACUCAUGCGCAUGAUGUCCAGGACGUACGUGACGCUCGGUCGGAAUGUCAUCAUGGUCGAGAUUUUUCCCAUUCUCGUGCGCACUUAUCCAGUCGCAGCGCGCAUCACGAAGCCUCUAGGUCACAUUAUAGGAGAGUUCCUGGCAGAGCUGACUCGUCUGGGUCUAUCGCCAAAUCGAAUUGAGAUGGUCGGAGGUAGUCUUGGUGCGCACAUCGCCUCUUUCGCUUCUAUCAAGUACCGAGAGCUCACUGGAAAGCGACCUGAAAGACUUACGGCUUUGGAUCCGGCUGGACCCUGUUUCCGCAACUUGCCAGAAACAGAGAGGUUCCAGGCUGACGCGGCCAUUCACACAGAUGCUUUGCAUACCAACAUUGACGGCUUUGGCAUCGCUGAUGCCAUUGCACAUGUAGACUUUUAUGCUAAUGGAGGUGAAUACCAACCAUCAAUGACCGGCAACUUCAUCCUACCAUGUUUCCUAGUCUGCAGCCACGUACGAGCCGCUUUCUACUGGAAUUUAGCAUACAAGAACACUGAUAAAUUCGUCGGAGUUCGCUGCGACUCUGUAGCGAGCGUCCGCCACGGCCGAUGCUACGACGGCAUAAUUGAAACGAACUAUUUAGGUCCCAAAACAAAUUUUAGUAAACCUGGAAUAUAUUACUUACCUACCACAGAAUUCGUGCCAUAUUUCGUUGAAGAUGGCACGAAGUCACGAGAUUACGGCGUUAAUAAUUAUUUAUUGAAAACUGCACCUGACGAAGAUCUCAUAGUAUGA